AUGGGCAUGCAGCGUGCGGAGAGAAGUUCUGGCGAUGCAUCCGAUCGAGCGCAAUCAACGCCUCGUCAAUCAUCCAGUGCCACCGCCGCUCCACCUCAUCACGUCGUCUCCGCCGCCCGCCCUCAUCAUCGUCAACCUACACCAUCUGUUCCUGCUUCGCUGCUCCCGUCCUCGCGCCCGACUCGACGAUCUUUCGCGCAGGUGGUAGCGGGGGACCGCGCCGGUGUUGCCAUGUCUAGGCCAUCGCGUCCGACGGUGCCGCCCGGGGCGACGGCGGCUGCUCCGGGGGCCGUUGUUCCCGCGCCAGGGACGAUGCGUCCAGUGGCGCUUCCUGCGCCAAACAGCGCGCCGUACCUCGGCCCGCCAGGGUUCCAAGGGUGGCCAUCCGGCACCCCAAUGCCGACGCAGACUGCUCCGGCGCCACAGCCUCAUGCGGGGUUUCGUCCACCCGCCCGUGCACCUGCUCCACCGGUACAUUACAUACCUCCGCAGCAGCCAUAUCAGCAGUACCCGGGACAGUAUUUUCAGUAUCCGCAGGCGGGACAGCAGUACAUGCCGCAGGUACCUGUGCAGCAAGUCGCUCCUCAGCAGCCACCGACUCAGCAGCAACCGACUCAACUGCCACCAAUUCAGCAGCCACCUGCUCAGCCUGGACAAGGGAAGAAAAGGCGGAAGAAGAAGGCGGUGGCCGUUGUGGGGUCGGAUGCGGGGGUCGGAGCAGUUGCUCCUCCUUUAGGGCAGUCCAUCCCGGACGCUAUGGGACAGCCAUCUGUGACAGCUACGCAGGAUAUGACUGCCGCGCCUCAGCAGGUACUUACAGAUGUUCCAGUCCCUGUUGCACCCGCGAAACAGAAGAAGGUGGGACGGUGUUGGAAAUGUGCUGUGAAUACUCAUGCUACUAAGGACUGCAAGGUCCCGCACUAUUGCUUGGUGUCUGGUGAGGGGACAGUCACGGCGGCGUAUAUUCAGAGUCUUCUUGCCCGUAUGUGUCCAGGGAAUCCCACUUGGAGAUGGGAGGCAUCUCCGCAUGGGGAUAAGGCCUUUCUUGUUGGGAUUCCUACACUUGACGAUUUGGCGAGGAUCGACGGUAUGCAGAUGAGUGUACCCAAGGUUGAUGCACAGGCCGGCUUCCUCGCCUUCGUCGUGUCUCACACCACCGGGGCAACGCAGGCAACACCAACCCCUCUCCUUUCUUCGGCUUCAAGGGAGGUGGAGGUGGAGCCGGCUUCUUUGACGGUGUUGGCACAGCCUCUAGCGGCGCCCCUUUUUCGCCAGGGGAUGCUGCCGGUAGGGCUAUCAUCACCGCCGCCCCUGCCUGGGCCGGGUCAGGGGGACCCAUCCUCGUCAUCGCCACUUGGCGGUCAGCAGCCGCGCGGUGGGUUCGUGGAGGAGGAGGCCGUGGUUGACUCCGCGCUGCUGCGCAGACGUGGCGAGGCGCGGGGGGACGAGGCCAUCGCUGUCGCCGAGCCACGCGCGCCCACCGCCGCCGCGUCGCCUCGCGCGCCCGAGGCCGCCCCGGUGCAUGGGCGAGCGUCGCCGACGCCAUGA